GGCCGGUCUCUACUACAUACACAAUUUCCCGCGUAAAUUCUUCGUUGUGUUCGGCGUCGUUGAUAAGUCUGAGAUUGUAUACAAUUAUAAUCAUGGUCCUGGUGUCUCCGUGAUAACGUUGCAUGCUCUCGUUCAUCCCAAAUAUUAUCAUUCCGCGAACGACGUCGGAUUGCCUGCGUAUGCCUCGAGACAUUCCUUUCAAUCAAAAAAUUCAACCGAUACAGCUGGCUGGUUCGGACGAGGCGAGGGAAUCCUUCGUUGACAUGGCCGGCUAUGCGGUCGGGUGGGGAAAGAACAGGCAGACCAGCUCAGAUACAAAGGCCCUAAAGUAUGCCCUGCUGCCUAUAAUCGGCAACGACGAACGCGGUCGUACCUGGCAGAUAGAAGAAAGGAACAUUUGCACGGUUGGCCUUGAACAGAAUGCCUGCCAGGGCGAUAGCGGCAACCCUCUCCUUAUCAUAAGAAACAACGUCCCAUUUCAAGUUGGCAUCGUCAGUUACGGCGACUGAUAGACCAACAGUGUUCACAAGUAUAACAAAUUUUUCGAAGUGGAUAAAAAAUGUUACUGGAAUUCGAUACUGAAUAUUUGAUUUCGACGACGACGCCAUCUAUACCUACAUAUGUAACUCUAUACCGUUUACGUACAUGGAUUGAACAUUUUUAAGCAGUCUUUAUGAUUUAGUAAUAAAUAUGCUUAUUUAAUAAUUUGUCAAAAUGUCAUACACAAUUGUAGUAAUUUGUCAGAAUAGAAUACGUAUACAUGUAA